AUGGCCUCUCCCGACUUUGUCGGAUCAUCUUUCCCGUCAAACACUCUGUCAUGCACCGCAAAGGCUCUACCGGGCGCUCAGUGCUGGCUGGGGAACGGCCCUGAUGAUGGCUGCCGGGCCAAGGACCGACUUGAUUACUACAUCGAGUUGGCCAAGUUGGCAGAGAAGAGAAAGAUGACCUCGAUAUUUUUCGCCGACUCUUACGGGGCCAACGAUGUGUACGCCGGAAACACAGAUGCCCCUUGCCAAGGUGGUAGCCAAGUUGCACAGCUGGAUCCUGUUGUUCUGAUCUCUGCGAUGGCCGCCGUGACCAAGAGUUUGGGCUUCGCAAUUACUGCAAAUGUCGUUGCCCUUACUCCGUUUAUAAUGGCACGAACAUUCUCCAUCUUGGAUCACAUUACCAAUGGCCGCGUCGGUUGGAACAUAGUGACGGGCUAUACGAACUCGUCAGCUCGAGCCAUGGGCUUUGACAGCAUCAUGCCCCAUGACCAACGAUAUGAAAAAGCCGAAGAAUUCGCGGAUCUCGUCUACCGCCUCUGGGAAGGCAGCUGGGAUGACGAUGCCCAAGUAUGGGACGUUGAGAGGGAUACAGCUUACGAUCCGGAAAGGAUCCACAAGAUUGAUUUUGAGGGUAAAUUCCAUAGACUCCAUGCCAUCCAGCAGACCCAUCCCUCACCUCAGCGUGUGCCGCUCAUAUUCCAAGCCGGUGCUUCCAAGGCGGGAAUCGCAUUAGCUGGUGCUCAUGCGGAAGGUCUUUACUGUGGUAGUAUUGCACCCGAAACCACCAACAAGUACGUGCAGUCUAUCUGUGCUUCAGCGGCUGCAUCAGGCAGGAGCCCGAAGGACAUCAAAGCUUUUGCCGGCAUCUCGCCAUUCAUUGGGCGGACGAUGGAGGAGGCUCAGGCCAAAUACGACAGGGCAUGGAAACAUGCGGGUGCGCGUGCUGGACUUUCCAGAUUCGGAGGAUACACCAGCAUUGAUUUGAGUCAGUUUCCUCUUGAUGAGCCGUUUGAACAUGACGUCUCAAAACCUGCGGCAAACGCCGUAGGAGGCAUCCUCAAAAGUUUCCGGGUGGGGGAUGGCACAAACGCGAAAUGGACGCCGAGGAAGUUGGGCGAAUUGAUGUCUUGUGGCGGUAUGUAUCCCCAGGUGGUGGGAACGCCGGAAAUGGUGGCCGACUUCAUGGAGAAGUGGGCUGCUGAAAGCGGCAUCGACGGAUUUAACUUAUACGCGUCCUCUUCCCCCGGCACGAUCCAAGACGUUGUCGAGCUUCUCAUCCCUGUUCUACAAGGACGAGGAUUGUACUGGAAAGAUUAUCCUGUGCCCGGUGGCACUCUUAGAGAGAACGUCCAUGCAAAACCUGGACAGCGUCAAGUGAUGGAAGAUCAUCCCGCUGCCAAAUAUCGACGAGAAAGGUUAGAAAGGCGCCAGGCAAAGGAUCUGGAGAAGUUGAAGUUGAAUAGCCAAGGCAAGGUGAAUGGCGAGACGUCCCACUGA